CAACAAAUUCACUGGCACUUCUCGUCAGUCGACGACGAAGAGACUCGUACGUAUGUACACAACAAAUAUAUUCAGUAGCAUUUUAUGCUUUUUUUUUUUUUUAUUUUUGUAUAAAAUAUAUAAAUUAUAUUUACAGUAAGAAAAUAUAAUUUUCAAUGAUAUUGUUUGAGUGAUUAAUUAUUGGUUUACAAUUGGUCCAUUGAAUUUCUGGAUGAAAUUUAAUGAUCGUGAUUGAAAAUUAAGUGGAUAAACAAAGACAAAUAUUGUGAAUAGUAUAAAGAGUAACAGAGAAAUAAGGACAUAAUAAUAAUUGAAAAAAAAAAAAAAAAACAUUAGAAGGGGAAUAAGCACCGCAGCGUGGACAGCUGUGCCAGCCGGUUAAAACUCUCAUGUCCGGUUUGUCUCUUAUAUUUUCUGUCUCAAUUUGACGUAUAAAAAUCCAGCACUGCAUUACUAUUGCUCAAAAAAAGAUAUUUAAAAAAUAUCUUAAUUUAUUAUUUAUUAUUAUUUAAUGAUUUUGUAGUUAAAAAAACAAAAACACAACAAUCAUGUAUAAGUUACUAGGAAGUUUGAGUCAAUACUUGAAAUUUCAAGAGAUAAAAACAGACUCUAUGAUAUUUCGUAUGCACAAUAUAUUUACAACUGUAUUACUUUUAAUGUGUUCAAUGAUUAUUACUGCAACUCAAUAUGUUGGUAGUCCAAUAGCAUGUAUUUCUGAUGGAGUAUCAGCAAAAAUUAUCAAUACAUAUUGCUGGAUAACAUCAACAUUUACAAUGCCCGAUGCAUUUAAUCGACAGAAUGGUGUCGACGUAGCACAUCCUGGUAUUGCCAAUGAUUUUGGAGAUUUCCAAGCGAGAAAGUAUUACACUUAUUAUCAGUGGGUCUGCUUUUGCCUAUUUUUUCAGGCAAUGUUUUGCUAUUUUCCACAAUGGCUAUGGAGCAUUUGGGAAGGUGGUCUUGCUAAUACACUUGUCAUGGGAAUGAAUCACAGUCUUCAACCAAUGGAAACCAUAAAGAAUAAAAAAAAUAUACUCAUGAAAUAUUUAGUGACUCACAUAAGGAUGCACAAUACAUAUGUCUACCGAUAUUUUAUUUGUGAAGCAUUUUGUCUUGUAAAUGUAUUUUUACAAAUGUACACGAUGAAUCGUUUUUUCGGUGGUGAUUUUAUGUCAUACGGUUUAGAUGUUUUAAAAUUAUCAGAUACUGCACAAGAUGAACGUGUUGAUAAAAUGGUUUAUGUUUUUCCACGUGUAACAAAAUGUAUAUUUCAUAAAUAUGGUCCAUCAGGAACAAUUCAACAACAUGAUUCACUUUGUCUAUUACCAUUGAAUAUUGUUAAUGAAAAAACAUAUAUAUUCAUAUGGUUUUGGUUUUGGAUACUUGGUAUUGCAUUAGCUGCAUUAUUUUUCUACAGAUUAGCAUUAAUAUCAUUUCCAAUGUUUAGAGCAAGAAUUUUACAUGCAUCAGCAAGACAAUUGCCAAUUGAAGUAUGCAAAAGUAUAAGUAUGAAAGUUAAUAUGGGAGAUUGGUGGAUACUUUAUAUUCUAUCAACAAAUAUGGAUUCUCUUAUUUACAGAGAUUUCCUUACUGAAUUAACUAAAAAAAUUGGAGAUUCUCAUAAACGAUCAAUAAUUCCAUAGUUUUUAAAAACAAACAAAUGUAAAAAAACAAAGUAAGAAUACGUAAAGAAAAAAAAAAAUAUUAUCAUUAAACUAGGUCUUGAUAGUUUUGAUCAUGACUGAUAUUAUAAUGAUAAAGUUCUUCAGGUAUUUUUCAAAAAAUAGACUUUUUCAAGUACCUAUAUUUCAGAUAGAUAUUGUUUAUUAUUACAGAGUGUACAAAAAAUAAAAGACACAUUUUUUUUUUUUUUUUGUAUUACAUUUGAUAUAUUCAAAAGAAAAAUAUAAUUAAUAAUUUUUUGAUUAUCAAAUUGCAGUUACUAUUUUUGAUAAUAAUCAAGAAUUAUUUUGUGAAAAUCAUUUGAUUCUAGCUAAUUAAUUCAAUUGAUCACAGCAAGUUGAAUUUCGAAACGAAUUAUUAAUGUUAUUUCUUUUUUGUUUAUAUAUCAAGUGACAUUUGUGAAAUUUUUUUUUUUUGAUUAUAGCAUUAAUUAAACCGUGAUAAAAUGUGAAUUUCAUUUUUGUACAUUCUGUAAACAUAUAUUUGAGACAAAUAAGGCAUAUAUAUAUAUUAUAAAUAAUUUAAAUAUUUAGUUUUUUUUUUUUUUCUUUAAAUCUUUGUCAUUCCAUUUCCAAUUUUAUGUAAAUUUGGAAUAACAAUGUGUUUAAUUAUUUUGUAAUUUAAGAUAAUUGAUAAGUAACUUUGAAUUUAUUUUAUUAAAUUCUUCUUCAAAUAUGUAUACAGGCCUGUAAAAAAUUAAGACUGAUAUACGUUUUUUUUUUUUUUUUUGUUAUUUUGUUUAUAAUUAUUUAAGUUGAAAUAAUUAUUCGACUAAAAAUAUGUUUACGACAAAAAGAACAAAAACAAUUAAUAUAAUGAUAAAUAUAUAUUAUUUUUUUUUACGAUAAAGUAAUAAAUAAAUUUUCAAAUAGAAAUUUAAUGUUAAAAAUUUUGGUACACAUAUUCAUUUUUCAAACUCAUAAUUGUAUCAUUAUUGCUCAUUAUCAUAUUGUUUUAAUUUUAAAUUUCUUUCGUUUGUAAUUUGUAUUUUUUCAUUAAGACACAAAUGUGCUUGAAAUGUUAAUAGAAAAAAAUUAAAUCAAAAACAACAGGAAACAGAUAAUUAAAUGUUGUUGUAUAACUGAAACUGCCAUUGAGUUUUUUUUUUUUUUUUAUUAUCAUAACUCAAAUAUAUUCAUUCCAAAUUGAUGAUAUAAAAAAAAUAUUAUUUUCAUUGAACAAAAAAUUAUAAAAAGCUUUUCUACUUGAUGUAAAAUAAGAAAUUAAUAUUGUUGUUUUAAUAAAUGUUCUCACAGGGAUGAGAAAAUUUUUGAUGACAUUUAAUUUGACAUUUUCAUUUGACACGUCAGCAUUGUAAAUUUUCACAUGACACUGUCAUGACGUGACAAAUAACACGAAG